AUGAGUCCCAGAAAAGCGGCCAGCCCGACGCCCGAGCCUGCCAAACCCGGCUCGACAUGUUUCACAGCUAGCAGGCUCAAUGGCACCACGUUCCAGAUCGUCGAGGACGACAAGUUCCUCGAGAUGCCUAUAAUAUACGCCAAGGUGUACCGAUCUGUCUUUGUGCUGAUGGACACUGGGUGCGGUGGGGCGGCGCGUGAUCCCAGCGUCGAGCUCAGGUCGCUGCGUAGUUUCCUCGAGACAGUUCCCGUGAAAGAGAAUGGCGAAGCUCCUCUCAACUCUGGUAGAGAGAGAGAGUAUCUUGUUAUUUGCACACAUUGCCACUUUGAUCAUAUUAGUGGCAUCGAGCAGUUUGUCGAGACGGACGGCAGUACCAUCUGGGCCAGCGACUAUGACAAAGACUAUCUCAGCCCAACCCGACUACCAAGCACGUCCCUCUGUGACAAACUCAAUAUCAAAACACCGGAAUACACAGUCACCAAUUGGUGCAGCGACGGCCAGCAGGUAACUGACAGCAUUGGGCAUGAUCUUGGCCUGACGGUGUACCAUACACCCGGCCACACGCCCGACGAAGUUGCCAUAUGGGACUCACACGAGAGAAUACUAUUCGUCGGCGACUCUAUAUAUCAACACGCGCCCAUCUUUUUAUUUGAGACACAGAGCGUCAUCAGGUACAGCGAGUCGAUCGGCAAAAUGAGGCAGCUCAUCAGACGAUUCAAUGCCGAGACAGAACAACGCGCAAAGAUAUCAUGUAGUCACAUCACCCCCAGCAUAGACGCGGCCAACUUCCUGGCCGAGGUAGACGCAUUCCUAUAUAAAGUCGUGACCGGGCAGGUUGAGCGUAAGGGCUCGUUGGACAUGUCCGGGCAUCCACGGGACAGCUACUCGAGAAAGGACGGGAGUCUUGAGUUUCAGGGGUGUAGAGAGUAUUUUGAAGAGUUUACGGCGAGCAAGAAGGCUAUGAAUUCCAUUCGGAAGCGCCAAAUCGUGGAAUAG